AUGAGUGUUCCAGUUGCACCUGAACGUAAAUCAUUAUUACCUUUACGGUUACCAGCACCUUGUGUAGUUGCUCCUCGUCCUACAAUACCGAUGCCAUCAGUUUGUGAAAAUAAUCCUAAAUCAUCAUUAACUGUUGGCAAUCGUGUUUUAGUAAAUGGACUUAAAAGUGGUAUUCUUCGUUAUAUAGGUACAGUAAAAUUUGCAGAUGGACAAUUUUGUGGUGUUGAACUUGAUCAACCAGAUGGAAAACAUGAUGGACAAAUAAAAGAUGUUCGAUAUUUUCAAUGUCCACCAAAUCAUGGAAUAUUUGUACCUUGUGAUAAAGUUGUUUUAGCACCUCGAUUACGAACAUCAUUAUCACAAAGACCAAUAAGCCGUUUGAAGCCUCCAACAAUGACACGUUCAAUGACACAUUCAUCAGAAAUUAAUAAAAUUGAACAAUCGAAAUCUGUUGAAUUACCUGAUCUUUUAGCAAAUACAACUUCUCAACCGGUGAUACUCAAUAAUUCAAUUGUCAAUGAUCAUCAUGAAAUUAUCAUACCAAUCGAACAACCACAAGAACAGACGAUCGAUGUUAUUGAAUCUAAACUUGAAUUUCAACCACUAACAACCGAUGAACCUUCAGAAACAAUAGAAGCUGAUUUUACUGAUAGUGUAUCAUUAAUAUUACAUCAACUACAACAAGAAAAACCUAUUGAAACACGUUCUUCUUCAAUAAUAAUUAGUGAAGAAGAUACUGAAGAUGAUGAUGAUGAUGAAUUAGAUAAUGAAAGUAUUAUUGAAUCUACAAUUAAUGAAAAAAUAGAUACAACUUGUCAUUCAUCAUCACCAUCAUCUUCUAUUUGUAUUUCAAUUGAAUCAACAAAAUUUGUUCAAACAGAUUUAUCAUUUCAUUUCAAUGAUAAUAUUUCAUUUACAAAAAAUGAAUUAAUAAAAAAACAAAAAUCUAUUUUAAAUUUAUCAACAUCAAUUAAUAAAUUAGAAAUUAAGAAAAAAGAUGAACAAACAAUUAUUAAUAAGAAAAAACCAAUUAUUCAAUCAAUUAAAAAAAAUGUCGAACAACGAUCCAUUCCACCAUUAUCUAAUACAACAAAACGACCAAUUAUUUCUACAAUACCUCGAAAGUCAUCAAUCAUACUACCAAAAAAAGGACCACCAUCUAAAAUUCCACUCAAUGCUGCACAAUCGGUGACUUCACUAUCAUCAUCACAAUCGAAACAUAGUCUAUCACUUUCAUCAUGUAAUUCAUUGAACAGUAGUCAGUCAGAUUUAGGAUCGAUAAAUAAAAAUUCAAAUAUAAAAAAAACAUCAGAUACAAAUCAAAAUAUUUUUCAAUCAAGUGGCAUUCCUUCAAUUAAUUUAGAAAAACAAAUCGAUCAAUCUCGUGAUCAGUUGAAUACACUUAAUCAACAAAUGGCAAUUCAAAAAAGUCUUAAUCAAUCUCUUGAAAUUACUAAUCAACAUUUAAAAAAAUACUAUCAACAUCUACUCAAUCAAUUUGAUCUUAUGCAUAUUUUAAGUCAAUAUUAUAUUAAUGAAAAUGAACAAAUUAAAGAACAACAUGAAAUUCAACUAUCGAAAGCUCGAACAACAAAAGAUCAAUUAGAAAUAUCCAUUGAACAUUUACAAACAUAUCAUAAAAAUGAAUUAUCUGUAUUAGAUAAACGUUAUCAUAGUCAAAUUGAAACAUUAAAUAAAACACAUGAACAAAAAUUAAAUGAAUAUAAACAAAAAAUGAAUCAUUUAUUACAUGAAAAAAAUGAAUUAGAAUCUUGUUGUUCAUUAUUACAAGAAAAAGUUGAUAGUUUUUUAACUGAAAUGGCUAAUAGUGAACAUGCCGAUGUUUUAUUAUGUCAUGUUGAAACAUUAGAAAAAGAUCGAACAAGUUUACAAACUGUACUUGAACUUAAAACUAAAGAAAUUACACAAUUACGAACGAAACUUAAUGAACAAGAAAUUCGACUUCAUGAUGAACAAGCAUUAAGAAAACGUGUUGAUAUGGUUGAAAAUAAAAAUCAAAAUCUUGAAUAUCUUCUUCAACAUAAAAAAUUAAGUGAAAAAUCUGCUAUAGCUGAACGAAAUGAAUUAAAAGAACAAGUAAUUCAACUUGAACGAGAUAAUUGUCAAUUAAAAUUUGAAAAUGAAACAUUACGUUAUCGUCUUCAUGAACGAUCAUUAUCGAUUUCCAUACCAUUAAAUAAUCAAAUUAUAUUUCCAAAUAAAUCAAUAACUAUUCCUAUACAAAAAUUACAAGGUCGAAAUCGUGCAUGUAGUUUAUCAUCAAUUAUAAUUAUUGCACAUAAGAAUGAAUGCAUUACUCGUUCGUUAUCAUCAUUGAACUGUAUUUCUUAA